CGUACUUCGAGGUCGCCAUUUUGGUAAAUUUGCGCGUGUAGUUUUGUUUGAUGAUUUUUACCGCGUGACAGUUUUGUGUGAGACAUAAAUUCGCUAUAAAUAUCAUAAAAUGAGUUCGAUAGAUCCGGCGAAGCUAAAAGUUGUCGAACUUCGGGCCGAAUUAACUUUGCGCGGCCUGGACGCCAAAGGUAACAAACCGGUGCUCGUGAAACGCCUCAAGGAUGCUUUGGAGCAGGAGACGCAGCAAGAAAUCCCAGACACCUCCAUCGCAGACACCUCGACGGAGGACCUAAACGCGAGUCAAGAAAGCGUCGGCGAUGACGUCCAGACUGACCCGCCCGACAAGCCCGCGGAAUCGGCCGAGAUCGAAACCAAACCCGCCGAGAAACUCGAGGAAAAGGGCGAAGAAGAACACGAGGAGCCGACGAAAGAAUCGGCCGUAGAACCAGAAGAGACCACUCCCGACGAUGUCCUCGAGGAGACUAAACCCGUCGAAGAACCCAAACCCGCCGAAGAAACAAACCCUGCCGAAGAAACAAAACCCGCCGAAGAAACAAAACCCGCCGAAGAAACUAAACCGGACGAGGAAACUAAACCCGCCGUAAAGGAUGAGGAGGAGGCGGCGGUAAAAGAUGAGAAAAUUUCCGAAAACGGCGAGAAAGCCGAAGAGGAGACUCCGAAGGUGGAGUCGAUGGACGUGACCGAGUCCGACGGCAAAUCGGGCGAGCAGCGGGGCGAGAAGCGACGACGCAGUCCGUCCCCGGAAAAGGUGCAGAAGCGAAGUAAAAGCCCGAUUAAAGAGAACGAACCCACGAUAGAUAAUAACAAAGUACAGCUUAGUUGGUAUGAUUCUGACCUUCAUCUACAAAUAGAUAAGAAAACGUUUUUAUCGGGAAAACCUCAUCAUGAGGGUGCGUUCGGAUAUGCUUGGGCUGGUGCCAGAGCUACACAUGGUGUCAAGGCAGGAAAGGUUUUUUAUGAGGUGAAAGUGGUUGAAGAAUUAAAAUGGGAAGAUCUGGUGCGACAGUCGGACCGAAGGCGCGACUAUCGAACGGACAAUUCGCGAAGGGAUCGCCAACAGAAAGAUCGCGAUAGAAACGAAAAGGACAGCAAAAGGUCCAGAUCAACGCACGAAAGUAAACAUAAGUCAGAACCGGCGCGUGAAGCUGCCGAAGGUUCUGCCGCUGCCCCCCCUGUCGAAGUGAAAGAAGGCGAAGAUGUAACUGAGACAACUAAUGGCAUGGAAAAAGAAAAGGUAGAAGUGAAGGACGAGGAAACCGUUGAAGUUAAACAAGAGGAGAGCGCCGAUGAUAAACAACCUGAGGAUGUUGAGAUGAAAGAAGAUGCAGAUGCUGCAGAGAAAAAAGAAGAAGAUCCUGAAUCAAAACAUGAAGACGCUGAGAUAAACGAAGAAGAUAAUGAAACAAAACAGGCAACAGAGGAAGAUGUUAAAAUGGCGGAAGAAAUUGAAACGAAACCGGAGGAAGAGGUUGAGGUGAAACAGGAGGAAGAUGUUGAGAUGAAAGAGGAAGAAACUGCUGAAGUUAAACAGGAACCAGAUCAAAAAGAGAAAGAUGAAUUAACAGAAGAAGCGUCGACCAAGUCCCUUUUGAAACACCUUAUCAGAGUUGGUUGGUCCAUCUCCGGCUCCACUUUACAGCUUGGCGAAGCUGAGUUUUCCUACGGCUAUGAGUCGACCGGAAAAUACGUCACGAAUAAGACUUUCACGCCUCACGGUGCCAAAUUUGGUGUCGGCGACGUGGUCGGUGCCUACCUGAAUAUUACCGACGAUGCGGUUGUACUUAGCUUCACGGUAAACGGCGAAUUGCAACCGGAAAUCGCCUCGAUACCCAAGUCGGAGCUGCCUGAGGAGAACUUCGCGCUCUUCCCUCACGUGCUCGCGCGUAACUAUUCCUUCGAGGUCAACAUGGGAGCGUCGGAGAAUCCGUGGUUUCCGUCUCCCGAGGAGUUGUCCGAUUACGCGUACAUCGGAAAUUUCGAUGAUAAGAUCGAGGGAUCGGCCCGUCCGGAGAAACGAGGCGACUGCGAGGUCAUCAUGAUGUGCGGAUUGCCGGCGUCCGGAAAGUCCUACUGGGUGCAGAAGUUGCUGUCGGAAACUCCCGACAAGCAGUAUACAGUGAUCGGGAAUAGUCACUUGCUCGAGAAAAUGACGGUGAACGGGAAACCGCUGAAGAGCUUCUAUAAAGGCCGUUGGAAUAUCGUUCUGGAUCGCCUUAUGAAGUGCGUCAAUAUAUUGGUUGAAUCGGCAGCGUUGCGUCGCCGCAAUUUUAUCAUUGAUCAGACAAACGUAUUCCCGUCAGCCCAGCGCCGCAAAAUGCGGUUGUUCGAGGGCUUCAAGCGGCGUGCCGUCGUUGUUGUAGUCGGAGAUGAUGAACAAGCUAAACGUCGAGCUCUGCAAGAGGCACAAGACGGUAAAGAUGUUCCUGAUUCAGCUAUACUCGAAAUGAAAGCGAACAUGAGCCUGCCGAAGCAGAGCAAUUGGCUGGACGAAGUUAGCUUCGUCGAGCUGAACGAAGAGGAGGCGACCGCCGUCGUCCAGAAGUACAAUCAGCAGGGAAGAGACGCCGGUUUCGGCGCGUUGGGCAGUCAGCGAUCGGGCGGCCGAGAUAAUCGAACCAUCGCCUACCGGUGGGAUCACAGCACUUCCAGAAGAGAUUACAGGGGCGGUUAUCGCGACAAUCGCUAUCAGGGUAACCGUUACGAUAGGUCUCGCCAGCAAGGCAAUUGGCAGAGCAGAAGACCGCCGCCGGGCAGUUGGAACCGUGACAUUCGCAGAGACAGUCGUGGCAGUUCGCGCGAUUAUCGAAAUAAUAAUCGAUCUUCUGAGAGCAGUAGUCGUCACGAACGAUCAGGAAGUCGUGACAGUCGCAGCCGCAGCCACAGCGGAAGCAGCUACAGUCGCAACCAGCGCCCGCAGAGCAGUCGCAAUCAGCCGGCCAACUGGCAGGGCGGCGGCGGCAAUUGGAAUUAUCAGGGUAACUGGGGCGGUCAAGGCGGCGGCUCGUGGGGCCAAGGCAAUUGGAAUCAGGGCAACUGGGGCGGCGGUGGCGGUGGGCAGUGGAAGGGAAAUUAUGGACAGAGCGGGUACGGCCAGGGCAGUUAUGGAAAUUACAAUAACUGGAAUUAUUACGGCGAGUACCCGCAAAAUUGGAAUAAUUCGCAGGGGCAACCCCAAACAACAACCGCCAGUGGUACAGCGAGUACUGAUAGCACGAAUGCCGCAUACAACAACCAAUAUUCCCAACAGGCCUCGUGGACGCAAUACCCUCAGCAGUUUUCGAUCGCAAACCAACCAUCCGGUUCGCAACAAACUAAAUGAACUCUGUCCGCGUUGUACCUCCAAAUGGUGGUUUAUUUAGCGAUAAGUUUUACAUUUAAGCUCGUCUGACGAUUUGAGAUGAAGAGAUCUCAUCUUUCUUUCAGUUUCAUUACAAAUAAGUAUUUGAUUGAGGUUACUUUUGCUUUGACUUUAUUACAUAAAGCUGUGCCUUCGACUACACCGUAUCAUUUUGUGUCACCACAAAUUAACGAAAAUGUUCAUUAUGUGUAUGUGUGUUUUUCUCCUCAUCAAAUUUGUAUAUUCUAUUGAUUUAUGUUUUUAUUUUGUAUAUUGAAAGUACAAUUAGUAUUACAUUGCUAACAGAAUUGUAAAAACAAAACUUAACAAAACGUAGGUUAGUUUGGUAAUGUAACGAUAAGUGACGUAAUAUUAAAACUGAAAAAGUGUAAUAUAGAUUAAUAGUUCAUUUAUAUCGUAUAUUUUACGUUAACAAAAUUAAAUCUAAUAAGGGAAGAUUGCGUUUUUAUUUCAGUGAGAAUUUAUUUUUUGAUAAUUUUAUUUAUUAUAAAUAUAGGUGUAAGUAAUAAAAAUGUCAAAAAAACGUUA